AUGCAUAAUACAAAAUGUGCUCAUUUUAAUGCAAAAUCAACAGUUGAGGAAAGAGAAGAGAUCUUUAAACUAACUGAUAUUUCUAUCAAAAAAGCUGAUCAAGCAGCAUUACAAUGGGUAAACAAACCUAAAGCGGCUAAAUUGUUUGAAUUCCUUAAUCCACUUCUUAAACUUCCUAAUAGAUGUUUGCUUAGAAGUUGUAUUUUAAAUGAUGCAAUUAAAGAAUCUGAUAAAGCAAUGUUAGUUACAUUAAAAGAAGAUCAUGUCAAUAUUAUACUUAUAUUUGAUAGAUGGACUAAUGUUAGAAAUGAGUAUUUGUUUGGAGCUGUAAUAAUUAUAUCAGAAGGUAGACUAUAUGUUUAG